CAACGCCUUCGCUACUUUGGUGCUCGGCUGCUUGAAAGAGAUGCAAGCCUUACUAUCAGCAUCAUGACACAGACGGGCAAGUGCGACACCUGCAGGCAACGCAAGGUCAAGUGCGACGAGGAGAAGCCAAAGUGUGGCGCUUGUUGCAAAAAGGAUCGACCGUGUACAUACACCUACGGCAAGGCAUCCGCCUUCGUGGUGCAGGAUCCGAACCAAUUGACAAAACAUGGCAAAUCAAAAGUUGCACCUGUUGUGUACACACUGGAAUCAUCCGAAGGCACCAGCAGCUCUUUUAGUUCUACACCUUUAGAGUUGAGAGUAAGCACCCAAAGAAAAGCUGAGUUUGGCAGAGGCACAUUUCAGACUCUAGCCCCAGUGUCCGUGGCCAAGAACCGCCGGUCAGAGAAAGCCGCAGUGCACAGAAGAAAGACCCUGGAUGCCUAUCUGCGACAUCUACAGCUGGAGGCUUCACUAGCUUUGAUCAGACCAUCUUCUGCUGAGAGCACACUGGUAGCAAGAUGGGUCGACAUGCUCGGCUCGGCUCCUGAAAACAGCAGGCCUUUGUCUAUACUGGGGACUUGGAUUCAGUCCAUACCGUCACGAGUUGGCUCAAACUUGAUGCUCGAUCUUGCUGUCGAAUUUCUCAUUGACAGUCAUGCCGUCUACUGGGAUGAUAGCUACUCGAAGCGACAGAUUGCUAGCGCCACGAAAUCGAAGGCCUUAAGAGAGCUGCAAUUGGCUGUGUUCCAAAGUCAGACUCGUAACACAUACGAAAUGGUUCUGGCGACCAAGAUGCACUAUGCUGCUGAGACACUUUUAGGCGUAGACACGAUGUAUCAUGCAAUCCAUGCUUUCGGACUUGCCGAGCUACUCAAAGCCGGAGGUGUCGCAAACAUUGAUGACGAACACUAUUGGAACCUGAUCGACAAUACUUAUAUCGACGAUGUUAACGAAGCAAUGCUUGCUGGAAGAGCAUCAGUUUACGACAACGACUACUAUCUGUCGGUGACUUAUCCGCCAGCUUUAGCUCCGGACUUUGUACACCUUACCCCAGCUCAACGAGCUUCCAUGUCUAUCAUGCAUGUCUUCGUGCAGUGCCCGCGACUGAACUGUCUGGUUCGGCAUGCCAUCAUGCACCCGGAUGACAGCGAGUCUCUUGCAGCCGCAGUCACUUUGACGGAGUCCAUGUGGCAGAUCGAUCUAUCUGCACACGUUGCCGAACUCAUGCAGACCGCCGUCACGACGAUCAGCGCACCACCAUCUUUAGACAUGGCUGACAUACUUACCGAAACGUUACAUUUCGACUCUGUUCAAAGCAUGAUCCUUUGCACUCGAUAUUGGAUGCUGCAGAACGUACUUUGUGGGCUGACCGAUACACUACAACGCUAUUUCGCUACUGAGACGUCCUUGUCGCUCCUUCCAGAGCCAGAACUUGUGCGUCAAUUUGAUAGCGAUGCUGGCAUACGUCUUGCAGAAUCACUCUCUUGGGCCGAGUCUGUUUCUCAAAGACUUCCGCUCGUUCCUCUGCGACUUCACACCCCGCUCCAAAUAUCUAUCGGACCGUGGCAUCGUACCAUCCGACACAUGACCACACUCUUCGGAUCCGACCUUACAUUCGAUGUCGAGACACAUCAACAAACAUCCAUCGACCUGAAUCGAGCUGUGCGGAUGACGACAUGGCUGGUAGAUGAAUGCAAUCGCAUCCAUGAGCAGUGGGAUGUUAGCACAGUGGACGAGAAAUCGCUAUACGAAGCCUUAGACUCCAUGGCUGGUGAGAAGAUCCCAGACUGGCUACCUACAAGAGUACGCUUCGAAGCUGAAGACGGAGACAUGGUCAUCAAGCUUGACUAUGAGAAGCCGAGCGGCAACUACCAGAACGAUUUCUCCCUUGCUGGUAGCAGAGCAAUCUCACAUCGUCCUGGACUUCGGAUGGUCGACAAUAGUUCCUCAAGCCUGAGUUUGCAUGGGGUUGAGGACUCUGCAAACGAUACAGAUAUAUUGUCUAGGUCUGCAAGUGUCGAGGAGGUUGAGAGUUCUGAAGAUGCAACCUCUACACCGCCUGGCCCAGCCGACAUCCUCUUUAAAUCUGGUCGAAACCUCUGCUCAACAUCUGGAUGGUGGCCCACUUACGCAGAAGUGGAUAAUACCUUUGGCCCAUGUACCGCAUCAAGUUGGUGGCCGCAGACUCCAAAGUCGUCCGUCGUACUGCUGGACAGCACACACAAAACAUCCGCGUUCCAUCCGAAGACGAAACGAAUGAAAGCGAAGACUGCUGUUACAUUCUACAAUAGAAACAUGAACAGCUGUAUGUCGCCAGCAUGGACUAGCACGAGCAGGUUUGCAAAGUCAUCGACUCCGUCCGAUGGCGAGAGAAGUGCGAAAUCGACAUCGCCAAAGUGGUCAGGCGGCGUGUGA